GGGAGGGGGUAAUCCCAGAGCAUAUAAGGGCACCCGCGGGGCCUAGGUCACCCCGGGGUAGGUGGGGCACCCUGAGGACAGACGGGGCACCCAUGGAGCACUUUGGGGUGCAUGGGACAGUCGGGAUGCACGGGGCACCCUAAGGACACGUGCCCCCCUCUGCCUCCGCCCGGGGCUGUGGGGCAGGCAGGGGGGAGGAGGAAGGGAGGUGGAAGAGGAGGAGGAGGGAGGAAGGGGCGGUGAUGCCGGGCGGCUCUGCCUUCCCGCUGCCCCCGCCGCGCCCGCGGAGAGCACGGAGGGACCCGCACCGGCUCCCCAGGUAGGGGACAGGGACGGGGACGGGGACAGGGUCAGCCCCGAAGGGCUGCAGGGCCACCCCCGGGCAGGCGAACCUCCCGGGCAGGCGAACCCCCCGGGCAGGGAACCUCGCCCGCAAGGUACGAACCCCCCAGGUACGGGACCGGGGCCACCUCAGGUAGGGACCAUCCCAGGAAGGGGAGAGGGGACACCCCAAUAUGGGACACGGGACCCCCCACGUGAUGGGAUAAGGACUGCAGAGCCUUCCUGGGAUGAGACAAGGGGACCAAGAGCCACCCCCAAGGAAGGGACUGGGGACUCUCCCAGGGAGGGGAUGGGGGACUCCCAGGCAGGGGGACACAGUGGGGCCACCGCCCCAUAAGAGACAGGGCACUCCCAGGUAGGGGACUGGGAGCUGUGGGGCUGCAUGGUGGGACACAGGGGAUGGCAGGGGGGCUGCAAGGCCCACCCCCCAGGUGGGGGACAAGAGGACACCCCCACUCGGGGUGGGGGGAGAAGGGACACCAAGCGUUGUGUCCCCCCAUCCCAUCCCUUUUUCCUUGGGCAUCCUCGGGGCACCCUCUGACAGGUCCCCGGGGCAGGGGACAGAGUUGAGGUGCAGCUCUUGAGGGCUGUGUCCCAUCCCACUUUUGGGGGGUGUGGGGACACCCCAUACAUGGCCCUAUCCCCAUCAAUCCCACCUGAGCUCCCAUCCCAGGGGAUUUUAGGGAAACUGGGGCUGUUCCCUCCCAGUGUGGCCUUGGCCACCCCAAACCACGAUGGAUCUACAUGGGGAAGGGGGACCCCCAUUAAUGCACCCCUCAAGCCUCGACCAGCCCGGUGGCCCCCGGCUGGGGGGGACCCGGGGGUGCCGCCACGGGGCCGCCGGGAUGCCGUCAGCCCCGGCACAAAGAGGAAUGCGAUGAGCACAUGGUUCUCAUUAACCCCGGAGAAAUUUUUUUUUUUUUCUUUUUUAGGUUGGUUUUUUUAAAUGAUUAUUAUUUUCUUUUUCCCCCCAGUUUUCUGCAGCUCUGCUGGGGAGGAGGAAAAGCGGCAGCUCCGGUGGGUGAGGAGUUGGGCGAAGGCCGGUAGCACCGGAGCCCGUCCGGGGUUUUGCCGGCGGGGAGGGAGGGAAAGAGGGAGCGAAGUGCUCGGGGUUCUUUUUCCUCUUUAAUCCCUUCCCUGCUUGAGUCAGAGGCUGAAGUCACCGGCAGGAACAUCCCGAAGCUUUUCCCCCACCUCGGGGAGUCUGUCUGCCCCUGAAAGGAUGUGCUGACCGCCGUGAGUGGGAUUUUGGGGGAGCGGAGCCGCAUGAGACUGGGAACUCAUCACACAGGUAUUUCUCAAGCUGCCGAUUCACCUCAGGGAUGAAUCCUGCUUCACCAACACAGCGCCCUGACUAAAGCCUCAGGGCUCCCCCCCUUCAAACCAUUCCAUUUGGGAAGGCGAAGCUUCGCCCCAGCUGCUUUUCCCAUUGGGAAGUUGGAUAAACAGCCCUUUUCCUUCCUGAGCAGGGUUUCUCAGGGUAGGGUGCAUCCUGCCUGUGCUGCCGGGUGCUGCUCAGGGGAUGUGUCGAUGUCGGGGACAUGGUGAUUCACAGCACAGCGCCUCAGUUUACCCACCUGGGAAAAUAAAAGGGGGGUUGUGCUGAGCUGGAAAUGACUGGCAGGGAAUUGGAGUUAGGGAGGGAGGGAAUGGGGAUGUAGAAACAUUCAAAAAAAGGGGUUGCCAAAGCAAAAUCCUAUUGCAGCUCUGUUUUUUAAAAGGAAAGGUGGGUUAUUUCCUGCUGUUCAUGGGGAGUUUAAUCACAGGUGAGUGGGAGCAAUAAGAGGAAAUACAGGGGAUUCAAACGCUUAUGAAAAGGUGGGAUUUGGCCACAGAGGUGUGAAAAUGGGAGAUACCAGCUGCUGCCUCACCAGGAACUCUGUACCCUGUGUCCUCCCAGGCACGAGACUAUUUAUUGCUGUGACGUGGGACGGGGUUCCUUCUCCCUUUCCGGGAGAAGGGAGGCGGGUUGAUGCCGAAGGGCAACACGGCUGCAGGAGCUGCCAGUGCGCCCGGGAGUUUUACUCUCCUUUUUUCUUAUUUUCCCUAGAAUUAACCCCUGAUCCAGCCCUUCCAUGGCUUCAGCGAUGUUGCCGGGGAAAGCAGAGAAGAGAAUCGCUUCAUCCAUUUUCAUCACCCUCGUGCCACCACGGAGGGACGUGGCCACCAAGGAGAAAACCCAACGGGAGCCACAGCCGGAUGGUGCCGAGGUCCCUGGCACCCAUCACCCCCAGAUCCUGCUGUCACCCCCUGCCUUGCCCAAUGGAGAAACCCACCCAGUGGCCUCUGUACCUUCAUCCCCACCGGUCCUCACCCUCUCUGAAGUGCCCCAGCCCUUGUCUGCGGAGGCGCUGGGUCUGGCACUGCAGCAACUGGACAUUGCAGCACCUGCCACCCUCCAGGCCCCUUCCACCUGCCCUGCUGAAUUGAAGCCGCCCACAUUUUGCCAGGAGCAAGCAGGCAAGCAGCAGUGGCAGGAUGCAAAUGGGUACCCAGAGAGGGACAGCUCCAGAGACAUCUGUGCCUUCUGCCACAAAGUGCUGGGGCCCCAGGAGCCAACGGUGGAGGCGAUGCGGAAGCAGUACCACCCUGACUGCUUCACCUGCCGCACGUGCCACCGGCUCCUGGCCGGGCAGCGCUACUUCCAGAGAGAUGGGUGCCCCAUGUGUGACACCUGCUUCCAGGCCACGCUGGAGAAAUGUGCCAAGUGCCAGGGGCUGAUCACGGAGCAUAUCAUCCGUGCCCUGGGCAAGGGCUACCAUCCCAGCUGCUUCUCCUGCGCUGCGUGCAGCCGGGCCAUCGGCACCGAGAGCUUUGCUGUGGAUGAGCAGGGUGACGUGUACUGCGUGCCUGACUUCUACAGGAAAUACGCUGCGGUGUGCAGCGCCUGCGAGCGCCCCAUUGUCCCCCACGAGGACGAGGACACCUACAAGAUCGAGUGCCUGGGACGCAGCUUCCACGAGAGCUGCUACCGCUGUGAGAGCUGCAGGAUGCCCUUGUCGCCAGAGCUGACAGAGAAUGGGUGCUACCCCCUGGACGACCACCUCCUCUGCAAGUCCUGCCACGUCCGCUGGCGCAACGAGUCAUCCUGCUGAGACCCUGCAGCUCAUCAAUCUCCCUCUUCCAGUGCCAGACACCAAAAACGGGGUGUUCCCACUGGGAUACGCCCUGUGGCUGAUCCUGGGUGCUUGCUGCACCUCCAAAUUACUGCAGAACUGGGUUUUCAUCACCAAAAUGUCCCCAGGACCCUGACCCGGUGGGCUGGCGGGGUGGAGAAUUGUGGAUAUGUCCUGGCACAGCUCUGUACUCAUCAUGAACAUAAAAUGCCCUGACAGAGCAGCAAUGGCAGAGGAGCGAAGGUUUUAAUCUGUAUUUCUUCUUUUAAACUCCAUUUUCAAGGCCAGUUUGGUUUUCUUGGGUGGUGGUUCUUUCUUCUUGAGCUUCCUUGGGGUUUCACUGAAGUGUUUCUCUCUGUGGAGAGCAGGCACUGAUUUAGUUACUCAAAGUUAAAUAAAACCCCAAGUUUAAAAACUCUCA